AUGACCUCUUGUUGUGUUUGUGGACUAGAGUCAUCAGGUGCUCAUUCAUGCUCAUCAUGUCUACAAGAUGUUCAUGUCAUCUGUGGAAAAAUAAAUGGUGACGAAGGCUGGGGUUGUUCAGUACUUUGUAAUAACUGUGCAACAGAGCCACCUGCAAAGAAAACAUCCUCUUGGAGCAUUGCAUAUCCUUCCAGAUCACAAGAGCUAAAGCAUAAGGUUCCAAAUCUGAAACAGCAAACUGAAAAAAGCGAAUGGAAAACCCAUUGUGUAUGUCUAACAUGCUUUGAAAAUGGAAUGGAACCGAAUAUCUAUGUUAUGAGCAGAAGGGACAGCUCUACAAAGAAUAGACAUGUUUUGCAACGUCACCCUCAAGUAACAUUGUCUCAAAUUAGCAUUGUAAACUUUGAUUCAAAUGGCAAAGAAGUCUCAUUGGCCAGGGAAAAGUAUUAUGCAAGCACUAACAAUGACAAAUGUAAGAAAAAUACUUCUAAAACUCAAGGAACAUUGUUUAAUUUUUGUUCAGUUAAACCUGUCGGAGAAGAUUCCCCCACAUUUAUCUACAACAACAAAAAAGAUGCAAGCAGAAGCAAUAAAGUAACGAUACCACACACUGAAGCAACAAAAGUCAUUUGUCAAGGUGCUGUUGCAGAAGUAAAGACACCAGACACUGAACCAACAACAACCAAAUCAACUGCUGGGGGGCUUGCUGAAGCUGAUUGCGAAGAUACAGUUCCACAUCAGAGUCACUUGUGUACUUGUAAGCAUAAUACCAACCUAUUAAAUUCCAAAAUGGAUGAAAUGAUUCAGGCAAUGAAAGAGUUUAAAAUUAAAACAUCCACUCCUGCUCCAACUAAACCUGUUAUUUCAUCAUUUCUCAGUCUUCAAAAUAACAACGUGACUGACUGGAAGAAAAUAAGUAACGUCAUAGACUUGACACAGUCAAUUCCAGAAAUUAAAUUCUAUGGUGGAAAUCACGAAAAUAGUCCUUCAGUUUUGAGAUGUGAAACAUGCUUCCAACUGCUUUCAAGUAGGUUAACAGGAGUCAAUGCCGCAGCAGAUCCACGAAAAAUAGCACUUAAAGGGAUAGGAAGAUAUGCAGGGUCAUUGUCAUCCGGACUUCUUUUAACCUCAGAGAAAACAGAGAGUAUAAUUAAGGGAGGCAAUAAUUACUGGUAUGGAAUAAAGAGUGCAGUCAAACAACAUACUUCUUGCGAUGGAGAACAUUCUCAACUUCACUUCGAGGCACUCCAGUAUGCAGCAACGCUGAGGAAGAGGAAGUCAAGAGGACUCGAAGUAACCGAAAAGCUAAUACGAAUAGCAUUGUCUGUGGUAAAGUCGAAAUCAGCAGCUCAGCAAUUUGAACGCCAAAUAGCAGCACAUAUUGCUACAGGGAGUGAUUUGAGUGAUCUUGGUCAUAGUAGAAACCAUUUCAACGAAAUUCUGUCGACAAUAAAUGUGUGGCUUGACAAACAAACAGCCAAGCAAAUUGCAAAACCCUUGCCUUCAACCGGUUUCCAGCCUCAUUUCUAUGUUUCUUGUGAUAAAAGCACUCCUCAUCGAAUUUCCAACCACGCCAUUAUCAUAUGCCCAGUCGUUAGUGGAAAGCGUGUCGCAAUUCCAGUAAAUUAG